CUAUGGAUCGGUCUAUUCAUGUCAUUUGUUGCGUUCUCUAUAAAAAAAAACCAUCUUUUUUACCUGCUAACGGUAACAAUAUUGGUAUUAAUAAUAAUUAUGCCUCGUAAACCUUGCUACUGGACGCGAAAGUUGGAGUUAGAUUUAGUAGAGUUUGUACACCAAAGAGAUUUUAUUUGGAAGCCGAUUGGAAAUACAAACCACCAUAUUCAACAAAAGUAUAAGGCGUACGCAGAGUUCGCCGCGCGGCUGGGCCGAGGUUUUACAGCUCGUUCUGUUAGAGACCGCUGGGUGAACAUAAGGAGCACCUUCAACCACAACCUCAGAAGGGUGGAUAAGUCCAGGGAGAAUGCUAGUAAUGCUGCCGAUAUCUAUGUGCCCUGCUGGCCACUGUGGAAGCCCUUGCAAUUUCUUCGCGAGGCACAUAGAAAAGAUGAUUCUGCAGUUGUAAAUUACGAGGCCAACACAUCGCUGCCCAAUUUAAAAAGUACAGAAGUCAAAGAAGAGGUGCAACCAGACUUGGAUGAUGGUGGAGUACUUAAAAUUAGACAAAGAGGUCAAAGAACUAAUAGGCCGCGUUAUAUACCAUCCAGAAGCGUAAAAAUUAAUAAAACCAAUAAAUGCAAACAGUUUAUAGAUGACUUAGUGAGAACCAUGGAACCUCUUGUCAACAAUGGUUAUGAUAACAAAGAAUCACCAAGUUACUGGUUCUUUGGGAAGCAUGUUACAGAAAGGUUGAAUUCUAUGAGGGAUAUAGACGCAGAGUGUGCCAGUCGUGAAAUUAUUAAUUUGUUGGAAAAUUGGCCUCUGUGUCAUACGACUUGAAGUGGAAAUGGCGAGAAGCCAUGAUUGGGCUAUGGAAUUUGAUGGAGUGAUUGAUUCAUCAUCGUCUUAGCUGAUAAAUGUCCAUUACUGAAUAUAGGCCUCCCCUUAUCGGAAGGUUUCGCCAGUAAUUGUCACGCUAGACAGGCAGGUUGGCAACCGCAGUUAGGCAUUGGCGAUGUUUAAAGAAGGAUGCUGCUGCCCAUUCCUCGACCAUUAAGUGUUUGCUUACUUCUUCAAAAUUCUUUGGAACUAUUGCAACUUGUAAAUCCAGCUGCAAUUAAAAAAAAACAACAGCCCAAUGCCAGCUUUAGGGUGAAGAGCCAGUCGAGGGGAGGUCCAAGGGAGUCCUCAACAGUUGUAAUUCAAAGACAGCAGUACAGUAUCAGCAUUAGGGGGAAGAGCCAGUUGAGGGGAAGUCUAUGUAGGGAGCUGAUGUAUAAGAAAGUUAAUACAAGAUUAAUAAAGGAUUACUUUGGGUCCAAGGAAUACUUUGUCAUCAUCUUCCAAAAGAGGUUCACAGGUCUGCCAACAUAUUGCUUGGGUACACCUCAUAAUAGGUAGUGACCUUGUUUCUUUUGUCAGUGGAAGCUCCUUUAAAAAUUGUUCCCAAGUGGCUAAAGCAAUCCUUACAAUUGCAUUUUGGAUUUAUUCAUGGUCCUUCAAGUAAUGGUCGAUUCUAAUCUAGUAAUGCAUUUACUAAAUUAUGUUCUUGGGCUAUGUCAUUUUGUAAAUAAAUCUCAGAAAAAAAAAGCUUAUGUGGUAUAUUAAAUAUCAAUAUUGGAAAACUAAGAUAUGUUACAAUUGUGGCCACUCAGUAAUUGUCAAUUUUCGUCAAAUUGUUAAUAUCAAUAGGUGGUUAUUGAAAAUUGGACAUCCAUUUUAUAUGGGUAUGGCAUGUUCAGGGUCACUCAAAUAAUUAUCAAUGUUAAGACUCUAUUUUUGAUCAAUUACUAAUAUCGGAAGUUUGUUUCAUCUCUUGCUGUAUCUACGCGUUUGUUUUUAAAGGCAAUAAAAAUAUUUAUUAGGUAAUUAUGUUCUGACGGUCGGUGAUAGGUUUUUUUAAAACAAGAAUACUAUUUAAGUUCACAAUGUCAUUUAAUUUACAGAGUCUUUAUUUAAAAUUAGUAAUUAUAUUUAUGAGUCGUGAUUAAUUCCUAAAAUAUACACCGUACGUUCGCGACUUAAAAUAUACUGGCUUCUCACUGCCCUGUCGUAUUCCCUUUUAUCGAUUUUCUUUGUAAAGUAUGUCUUCAUUCUUUCUGGGAAUUUGUGUGGUGGGAACAGCUAUUGUGCAAUAUGUAUUGGUAUGUUGUAGUAUGGUUUGGAAGGGGUUUGCAUCCGUAACAAGGUUAGUCUUAAUUCGUAGUCGUCUUCAGUCUUAUUUUUUACAGAACUAUCUCGAAAGCAAUUAGAAUUUAUUAUUCUAUAUGUCUGUUUACUAUCUAAAUUUCGAGAUUAACAUCUCUCGGAAUUAUCUUAUGUUUUAUUAAACAAGCAUACUUUUUUCGAUUAUUGUUGAUUCACUGAUUGUUUUCAUAGCAUAUAUCUGUAUGCAUUUCAAUCCAAUAGUGUCGAAAUUUGAAUAUCAAUAUCAUAAAACAACAAAAAGAUAAAAACAAAAAUAAAAAUGAAUUAAAAUCAAUUGAAUAAAAACAAUACUAAAAACAACAAAAAUCAAUAAUUAAAGACAAUUUUUAAUAAAAAAAUCUUACAUCAUCGUCAUUGUCUACAAUUUUGGUGUCUGCAGGAUAAUUUCGAAGCCAAUAGAAUACAUUGUUAUGUAUGUCUAUUUAUUAUCAAAAUGCGAAAUGAUAUGUCUUAUUAGCAACAUAGGCUUUUGUUCUGAACAUGAAUACAUAUUGCCCCACGAUAAUGGUGUUCUUAGUAUUGGUGUGUUGCUUGUCAGUCGUACCUUGACUUCGAUUAAUGUUAUUUCUACCUCUAUGUCGAGGUAACUUCAUACAGGUGGACGUUCUUGGUUGUUAUUAUUUUCCUGAUAGUCUAAUAUAUGUUAAAGAUUUAUUUUUAAUUUUACAUUUAAUCACGAAAAAUAUGUAACAAUAAACAAAAAGCUAUUGUUAUGGUUAUUGCUUCCAUAACCAU